AUGGGUCGUACUAAGGAAUCCUCCGCCGACUCACCGAAUAACUCGGUUAGUCGAAGUCGACGAGGUUCACAGCUAUCCCUCGAUAGUUCUACCCUCCUUGAACGUCAAGCCUUUGAUACCCCUGCUCGGAGAUCGAGGUCGCGGCGAUUCUCUCUCACAAGUGGCUCCACGUCGGGACGGAUGUCGGGCGGGAUAACCCGCCAGAAGGGCACACAACCUGACGGCCGGCCAGAGGAACGCCGUGGCUUAGCCCACAGGCUUCACGUAUUCCCAUUUCGCCCGCAUUCCUCAAAUGCAUCACGGAGCUCUUCGACCAACACUUCAUCAAGCUCAUUACUCUCCUUAGCAGAUCAUGCUGGUCUGGAACCUGCUACGACCGACUAUACGAGUUCUUACUUUGGGACAUCCCCAUCGCAACAUUCGAUGGUUCCAAAAGCUCCCGACAUAUCUAAUCCCCCCCUUAGCCCUCUAACGGAACAUCCUACUCUUUCGCACCGAGCUGGACACUCUGUGAAUGACCUACCGAUUUAUCCAGACCAAUCUUACGCCGUUCUUCAAUCACAGGUCCACCCCACCCGCAUUCAACCCCACCUCCGCUCCCGCAGCUCCUACCCAUCACCCUACCCUUCAUCAUCUUCCGGUCCAUCAUGGUCUACUAGUGACGCUGGUUCUCGCGGCCAAGGCUGGCGCACAACUGGUCACACACCGAUAUCGAGCCCUGGCCUUUUCUCUUCUCGUCCCGCUAAUCCAUCCCCACCAAAAUCUGCAGAAGGCCGUUCUUCGUUUUCGUACCUCCAUCCUACUCAUCUUCAAGAACCCAAAGAAACGCACACAGUUGAGGUCGAUCGCGACAUGCUCACUGGCAACAAGUUAAUUAACGAGUACGAAAUCCUCGAUGAACUGGGCCGAGGUGAGCACGGGAAGGUGAAACUUGGUCGCCAUAUGAGGACUGGAAAGAAAGUGGCCAUUAAAAUUGUCCAAAGAUACUCGAAACGCCGCCGAUUGGAAGGCCAGACAUGA